AUGAACUCAUCAGGAGAGACAGUGACAUCAAUGAAUGACUCAGAUCAAGCUAAGUUGACCACAGAAAUAGACGAUUUGGAUUAUUUUCUUGAUAACUUUACUGGACAGGAACCAAAGAAACCGUUUGAUUAUGAUGAAUGGUGUAAGGAGAUCGAUCAACACCCAGCAUUUAUGACUGUUUUACAACCUGAUGAAAAUGGCGAGUUUUCCGAGGCUGUUCAAGCUUUACAGGCAUUGAAAUACGAGGCGGAUGACUUGGAGGAUCGGAGAGCGACUGCGGAAAAAUACAAAAUAGACGGCAAUAAGCAUUUUGAAUAUAAGAAGUACCACUGGGCUAUCAAUCGAUAUACGGAUGGUACUUUUAUUUGCUGUGAUCAUUUGUUUAAAAAAUACCUUGAAGUUUUCGAAGGUAUUAAUCAAAGAUGUACGGAUCGAUCGCUCAACUCAGUUUUAUAUGCUAAUCGAGCUGCUGCUCAAAAACAUGUUGGUAAUAUCGGCUCUGCCUUCAGAGAUUGUUUCUUUGCUCGAAAAUUCGAUCCUGGAAAUAUGAAGGCAAUUAUUCGUGGUGCUGAAUGUCUAGUGGAGCUUGGUCGAGGAAGGCAGUGCGUGGACUGGCUCAAAGGCAUUGGGGAACAUCAUAAAACAAAGAAGUUUAUUAUAUAUAGUCAUAAUUAUAAAUCAAAAUACGAAUGCAUAAAUGACCUGUUUGAAACAGCGCUGCAGCUUGCUGUAAUUGAAGAACGAGAUGAGCGAAAGAGACGACAAGAUGUUGCGAAAGAUUUAAGAGCGAAACAACGGCUACUGUUGGCAUUUAAGAAGAGGAAUAUUAAUUUUCAACCAGUUAUAAGCUUUGAUAAUCCUGAAUUGUUCGAAUGGUCACAGAUUGAAGUGCAGUUGCCAUUUCUAAAAGAGUCUGAAAAAGUAUAUGUGGAUGAUUGCGAUAUAUUACAUUGGCCUAUACUGGCGCAAUAUCCGGAAACAGGAAAGGUUGAUCUAGUAACUGACUGCUCCGAAGAAAGUUCAGUAGAUGAUGUCUUCAGUGGUAUUUUUGAACAAAGAGCAUCAUCUGCUAGUUCUGACUCCAUGUUCAAGUAA